AUGGACUAUAGCCGCCUUGUUUUUGCCAUUGCUAGCUUCUCUGCGUCAUUCUUUGUUGGCUUGCCAUACCUGAAGAGAUGGCACAAACAACAAAUCACAACAGAGAAACUAGGGAUUAUAAACGAGGCUCUGGAACGAGCUGAAGAAAGGGUUAGAAACUUUGAAGAAAGGCACGAUCACUUACUAGGCCAAAUAUGCUCAUAUUAUUUGACCAAUCAAGAGCUUGGGGAUGCGUUGGCUGGUGCUAGGGCUGCCUUGAAUGAGGCAGUGGAGUUUGCUGUUAGACUGAGAGAAGUGCAAAUGAGGAUCUUGAUCAACUUUCCAGAUGAAGCUGAUCUUUCAAUGGUAGAUGGCCCAUGUGCAAAUGUAAUCGUGCCUGAGAACAAUUAA